AUGUGGAAACAUAUAGGGGUCUUGUCGUCUCCACGACAGCACAGGCUCAAGGCUGGCCUGCUGAAGGCAGCUCAAACGUUUGACUCUGCUUCGGGGAAAUUCAAAGAGUUCCAAGACGUGUUUUACGACAAGAAGUCUCAGCUCACUGCCGCGGAGCUACACGAGUACGAUGAUGUCUUCGAUACUUUCAAGAAGACGAUGGCCGUUUUCGAGUCGCAGGUUUCGUUCAGUAGGGAGGCUAUGAGCGACUUCGAGCCGGUAUUUCGUCUGCUAGACCGCACUCCAAAUCAGAUCCGCGUGUUGACGCGCCCACUGAACGACGCGAAGUCUCAGAUUCAGAAUGCCAUCGCUGCAAGAGCCCUCCUUGCACGUCUUCAGAUGCUGCACGACCGCCGACGCGCAUUGGAGCAACGUUCCGAAGCGCUUUUUGUGGUUGUCAGCAGCCUCUUCGUCGGUGCAGCGCCGUUGACGUCGGAGGUGGUUCAGGAACAGCUUGCAAAGUUUGUCGCCCUGCACCGGACCCUCGAGGAUCUUGGCUUGGAGCAGGCUCAGACUACCACCACGCUUCAGAAAGUCUUUGAGCGUACUUCGUCCCCCCUGAUGUUGGCUGGAACGAGCGCUGGCGCGCUAUUCAGUGUCGUGGACCUGCGUAACGCAUACAAGGUAUUCACGCAGAUUUACGACGCCGUGGACAUGAUGCAUGAGAUGUCCGACCCACUUACCGCCGCCUUGGCUCGCGCCACGAUUCAGCUCAAGGCUAGGGCUUCUUUCAACAUCAGGGUGUUUGCGUUGUCUGGUGCAGCCCUCCGUGCUUAA